AUGGUAAUCUCACAACACGACGGUACCAGAAGUGUGGGUGGCGGUGGCGGCGGAGACGGUGGAGGCGGCGGUGGCGAUGAAACCGUGUACACGGUGACCGUGAGUGGUGUCGGUUACAGGAACGAGGGUUACAAGGACGAUGGUACCGACGGCAUACCUCCUGAGCCACAGAAACCACCGCAAUUAUCGUCCACCGACGACGACACCCAAUCCAGAAAGUUUAAGCUCUCCCGCGGCGAGAAAUGGCGGAUCUUAAAGAACAUUGGCACCGUAUCCGUGGCUUUUAUGGUGCAGUUCACCGCGUUUCAAGGCACAGCGAAUCUACAAUCGUCUAUCAAUGCCAGUGAUGGUCUAGGCACCGUGUCUCUGUCAGCGAUUUACGCGGCUUUGGUGCUAUCAUGCAUCUUCGUGCCGACCUUCCUUAUCAAAAGGCUCACCGUGAAAUGGACGUUAUGUUUGUCGAUGCUGUGUUACGCACCGUACAUCGGCUCCCAGUUCUAUCCGAAAUUUUAUACCCUGGUACCGGCUGGCGUGCUCCUUGGUCUGGGCGCUGCACCCAUGUGGGCAGCCCAAGCCACCUAUCUUACCCAGGUCGGUGGCGUUUACGCGAAACUCACCGAUCAGCCGGUUGACGCCAUCGUCGUCAGGUUCUUCGGGUUCUUUUUCCUUGCCUGGCAGACUGCUGAACUCUGGGGAAACCUCAUCUCGUCGCUUGUACUCAGUGGGGGAGAGUUCAGCAGUGGUGGUGGCAACAGUACCACGAAUUGGGACAAAAUCAAGCUGUGCGGCGCCGAUUUCUGUGUCCUUAGCAACGGAGGCCACGAGACCCUUGACCGACCUCCGGAAUCCGAGAUUUACGAAAUUUCGGCGAUUUAUCUAACCUGCGUCGUCAUUGCUGUGAUCAUCGUCGCGCUGUUCGUCGAUCCUCUCUCG